AUGUCAAAAAAAGACUAUGACCUGUACAUGCGGCUGCUGAAUCUGACAGUGACAGUGUUUGAGGCCAACAACAUCUCCUACACCAUCAGUGCUGGCGGAGUCAUAGGUUCAUACGUCAUGCACGACAUGCUCCCGUGGGACGAUGACCUUGACAUUUUGAUCCACAAUGACAGCAAGGCCAAGGUCAUUCACCUGUUCAAGGACGACCGCCACUAUGGCAUCCAGGGAUACAUGAACAAGUACCAGAUGGGGAGAGUGAUCAAAUUGUUCUUCACUGAUUCUGAGCCAACUGUCAACCGUGUGUGGAACUGGCCUUUUCUGGACGUCGAAACUUACAUAGAAGAAGGUGACCAGAUAAGACUCGCUCACAGAAGUGACGUGGAGCGUAUCUAUUGGCCGAAAAGUGCCUACUUCCCAUUCCAUCGAAGACCUUUUGGACCCCUGUGGUUGUAUUUUCCUCAUGACCCUGCCAUUUAUUUUAAGAUCCAUUACAACCACCCUUUUUACUGUCAGAGACAUUUCAAAGACCACAGACACGAAAAUUGGCAGAAGGUGAUCAAAGCCGACUGCGAGCGACUGACACCUCAUUACCCCUUCGUCAGGCGGUCUCCUUUCGCAAACAUCACACAAGAAACACUUCUGCUGAAUGGAACCGAGCUGUACACUGUGUAUAUUAGUGAACCAUACAGCAAGCCAAAAUCUAAAUUGGGCUGGUAGAAACAAAUCUUCAUCUAA